UACCGCAGAAUGACGUCACCAUGACACCACUACUGAAAACCCUUCUGCUCCUGGCCUGUCUGUCGUCUGCCCACGCUCUCACCUCAAUGACCAACGUCACGGAAGACUGGUCCUUCACCUGCACAGACAACCAGGCUCUCCUUCUCCUAGAAAGCGCCUUCGAAGAAAACCCCACCCUCGGGGAAGCAGACGACCGAGUCUGGAACUUUACCUGCGGGGACGUCCCGGCCCUUCUGGAGACGCCGCUGACGGACUGCGAAUGGACGUUUGACGUCAACGACUACACCAGCUACUUCGAGUUCCAGUGCUACAACGACGAGAUCGUCACCGGCGUCAGCAGCACCUAUGACGUCAACUCACGUGACCGGAAGUUCCGGUUCCAGUGUUGCAAGCCGGGGAACUACGUCACGCAUGCGUGCCAGUACUCGGAUUUCGUCAACAAGGCGCAGGAGGACCUGACGUAUGCGGUGCCAGACGGAUUCGUCCUGCGCGGGGUCAGCAGCCUGUACGUGGCCAGCGGUCGGGAUCGUCUGUUCAAGUUUGACGUCUGCAAGCUGGCGUUGUUGUUUGACCCAGUUGUUAUUAUUGGUUAAUUUUUCAUUAAAAGUUGGUCAUUGUUAGUUAACUUUUCAAUGAAAGUUGCUCAUUGUUAGUUAACUUUUCCAUGAAAGUUGCUCAUUGUUAGUUAACUUUUCCAUGAAAGUUGGUCAUUGUUAGUUAACUUUUCAAUGAAAGUUGGUCAUUAUUAGUUAAUUUUUUAAUAAAAGUUGGUCAUUAUUAGUAAACUA